ACAAUCUCGGUGGUUCACUUUUUAAAGCAGUGGUAAUCUUUAUCAACGAGCGUAAAUAUGUUGUUCAGCUUUUCCACAACCGGAGGAAUAGUUUUAAGCUUUCUAUGUUCCGUCUCGUACUGUAAUCCGGUUGAAGUGACGACUAGCAAAGGGAUAAUUGUUGGAUCUGAUCACCUUCGAAGUCGGCACGGCGAAGUUAUUUACAGUUUUACGGGCAUUCCUUACGCAAAACCACCUGUUGGCAAGCUCAGAUUCAAGGAAGCAGAGCCAGUGGAGCCAUGGCAAGGGCCGCUCAAUGCGACGGGGAAGUGUCCUUCAUGUGCCUGGGUAAAGCGUCCCAGUGCGCUGGGCCAACUGCAGAUCGUCGGCCAGGAGGAUUGUCUCAGGCUUAACGUGUAUUCCCCUUCACUCGCUCCGGGAACCCGGUUACCCGUUAUGUUGUACAUUCAUGGUGGAUCCUAUAGGUUCUUCUUUACGAUGGCUGGACCUGAGUUUCUGGAAAAUGUUGUGCUCGUCGAUAUAACCUACAGACUCGGAGUUUUGGGUUUUGCAACAACCGGCGAUGGGGUCAUUCCCGGGAACCUUGGACUCAAGGACCAAGUGCUGGCCCUACAGUGGGUUCGCGACAACAUAGCAUAUUUUGGAGGAGAUCCGGACUCAGUUACCGUUUUUGGGAACAGCGCAGGAGGCGCAAGCACUCACCUCCUACUCCUCUCUCCUCUGGCAAAAGGUCUCCUUCAUCGCGGGAUUUCCAUGAGCGGGACUGCGGCUUGUCCUUGGGCCAUGAUACCCCGACAGUUGGCGAUAGACAGAACGAAAACUUUCUCUGUUCUGUGCGGAUGUCCUCCUGAGCCCUCGAAAGAAUUACUCGAAUGUUUGCAGGAAGUUCCUAUUCGAAGUAUCGUAGAGAUGCUCCAAAAGUUCCGUGAUGAGUAUUUUUUACCAUUGACGGAAUUUGCACCCAUCAUUGAAGAGGAGAGCGCUAACAAUGCAUUUUUGACGAGAGACCCUGAUGAGAUUGAAUCCGAGAUCCCCUGGAUGACUGGUAUUAAUUCUGCGGAUCACUUGAGCUACCCAUACAAGGAAUUUCUAUUGCAUGUGCGGAGGAAUGGACUCAACAUGGGAGAGCAACUCGACAUUUUCCUCUCCAAAUGGCUCUCUUAUGGCUUCAAUGUUUCGAAGAAAGCUAUCCCCUCAGUUAUAAAUAAAAUAAAAGCAUUUUACUUCGGAAACGAAUCGAUUGCCGACGAGCAAAAACUGUUAAAAUUGGACGAGGUGAUCGCUGAUGGCUGGUUUUUGAAAGGUUUGACGCACGCCGUGUCGAAAUACCGGGGAAACACUUACCUCUACUAUUACGAUUACCAGCAAUCUAAUGCCACUUUCUUUUCUAUAAUCGGGCGUGGUUUUAGCGAAGAAAGAGGCGCGAGUCACAUGGAUGAGCUUUUGUCUCUCUUUCCAAUGACAACAUUCUUCCCAGGAAGAUCUUUGUCUGAGACGGAUGUGCAGGUCUCCGAAAAAAUGGUCACUUUGUGGACAUAUUUCGCUAAGCAUGGGAACCUGACGAUGAACAAUUUGACAACGUGGGAACCGGUAGAAAAAAACAGCUCUGGAUAUAAGUACCUGUACAUUGGAGCAGACGAACUCUCGCAAAAGGACAAUCUCCUCUCCGAUAGAGUAGCAUUUUGGCGGUCACUUCACGAAUAAAAUGUUGUCAUCUUCAAGUUCAGAGUCGACGCAUAAAACGCCUUCACGGGGAAAUAAUACUUCCUAGCGUGGUCGCGGAGUUCGAAUAGUUGUAUCAUUUAAAACCCCAAUCAAAAUCAACUGCGAGCAACGUAGAUUAGUGUGAGAGAGAGAGAGGAUCGAGAGCGCGCGGGCGGAUAUCAAUUUAUUAUCACAUCAAUAUUUCGACCCCGUCCCCUCCCAAUCUGGUCGAGAUCCUUUCAUUCUCUUAUCUUUUCCUUAUCAGUAAUCUGUCAGUCUUUUCUUAUCAAUGAUACGUCUGCCGGCCGGAGUGAACAGAUCGGCCCAGAUAUUCCGGACCAAAUUUCACCACAAACCGCUGUUUGUCAAACCGCCGUCAACUUUUACCAAUUGCACCGAUUGCCGAGGAAGAAGAAGAAAGCUUACCAUGUCUCAACAUCAUAAUUUCUAAUUCAUAACUGCUGCAAUUUCGCUUCUGUUUGGUUGCCUUAGAUAAUUGAUAACAAAUAUCACUCGGCAUUCUGCUUGAUAUUCUUAUUCUUAAUUAAUAACAAUCAAAGAUUAAUUUAUUCAGAGAUUCAUUGUCUGCAUUGCAGAUUGACUGAGGCUAUAGGUAUAUUUUUAAUAAACGAAAUUAUGGCAGGAGCUUUCGUUGAAUUUUCUGCAUAUAUGAUUAUAAGAAAUUAUUUGUAAAAUGGUGCACUCGGUCUUCUUCUUUUUCCUUUUUUUUUAAACGCUAUGAUUGUAUUUUUUUCUGUUUCUACCCUUGACGUUCGUCUAUUAAGCCCCCAAGAUACGGCUUCCUCCACUUAAAGGUGCAUAAUUAAGGGAUGUCUUAUCUCAAUAAAUUCAA